UUUAUACUUCUUUUACGCCAUUUUUUUUUAUAUAUACUAUAACAUAUUAUUAUACCCUUUCUUUUAAAUUAACUGGCUUAAUUCUUAUAGAAAAAAAAAAGUAUUAUUUAAUUCAUUUGCAUUUUACUAUAUCAUGACCCUAGAUACCACUGCUACUUCCAACUUAAAUACCCAAGCUCUUCAUAAUCUUCUAUUUGAAGACUCUUCUUCUAGAGAGCUUGAAAAUAUGAAGACCAAAGAAUUUGACUUUACGGAUUUAUGGAAUAAGUUAGCUACUGGUGAGUGCAAAAAUUAAAGUCUAACUUUAUUAAAGCCUAUACACUUAUUAGUUUCCCAUAUUUAGUAAAUAAUAUAAAAGGCAACUUGCCUACAACAACAGAUAGUAGUCUUCAAGACACUUCUUUAUCUGGCUUGUUUUUGGAUGAAUCUCCUAUUAUGGAUACCCCUUUUUUAGACAAUUCAUGUAUGAAUACACCAUUCACUCCAGCUUCACUCUUUACACCUAAUUUAGAUCAAUUUCAAAAUUCACCUUAUAUUCAACCUUCUACACACUGUGAUUCUACUACAACUCAUCUUUCUGACCCUACAAACGAUGUACAAGUUGCCAACUACUUGAAAAACGAUAUUCCUUGGCAAAAUCCUAUCCAUGUCUCUACUAUCGACCUCUUCCCUCAGGUCUCCACUGACAAUCAAUUUUUGAAUUCAUUUAACGGCGACCCUAAUCAAUUAUUGUUAAAUACAAGUGAUAACACUGUUGCUUCUUCAUCUGAAGAAUCGACUGAUUUCCUUUUCCCUCCUCUUCCUUCUGAUAAUCAGCAAACGACGAUUACGUCAUUAAAUGAACAACAAGAACAAGAACAACAAAAUUCAUUUAAUUCUCAAGAAUUUGACAUUAAUGCAUUAUUUGGCGAUUGCUUUGAUGAUGUCUUUUUUGGUAUAACACAACAAGAUGAACAACAACAACAACAACAACAACAAAAUAAGCACAAGACAUCAUCAUCGAUACCUAAUAAAGUGAUUAAACAUACAAAAGAAUCGUUCAUUUCUAUCAAAGAUAAUACUUUAGUGAUAAAGAAGAAGAAAGUGGAUCAAAAUGAACGUCGAUUCAAAUGUCACAUUUGUCAGGCAAUGUUCAAUAGACGUUACAACCUUGGAACUCAUAUUAAAACUCAUGACAAAAAUAGAAACAAAGAAUUUACUUGUUCCAUCUGUCAAAAGUCUUUUGAUCGUAAACAUGACAUGACAAGACACGUUGCUACAGUUCACAAAGGUGAACGUGCAUUUAGGUGCAAAUAUUGUACUUCCUCUUUUAGUCGAAAAGAUGUCUUGGCAAGGCAUUGUAUGCAAAAACAUAAUGAUGUACAUUAAUUUUUGACUUGUUAAUAAAUAAAAAAAAAA